AUGGUAGUGAAGCUAACCACAUCAUACGAUGCCCAGCAACACCACCUCGAACAGAUGUGUACUUACGCUGACUUGCCAUCGCUGUCCCCUUCGUGCAGAACACUGCACGAAGACUCCACCACUACUGAACGCUUUGGCGAGUAUAGCAGCCCAUCUCUCAACGGGGUAGGCGGGCUCGCAACGCCGAGCAUUUCCGCUUCCGCUCCGUCGCUAGACUCUACGGAUUUGCAUUUAUCCAGGACCGGGACUGGCUUUAAAGAACCCACCCACUGGACCUCUGUAUUAAGCGGAGUGACAGAGACGAAAGAUCAAUCUGCAUCCGAUGAAGGAUCGUCACCCCUCGAGCAGAAUGUCCUCCUCUUUGCGGGUUGCCAGCACGCCGCUGACCAAGAGCUCCUCAAUUCAAUGCCGCCACGGAGAGAGUGCGACAGCUUAGUCGCAUUUUACUUUCGAGCUCAGGAGUAUCGAUCUGUCAUACAUCCGACUGAGUUUUUGAAGAGGUAUAACGCAUUUUGGGAGAAUCCUAGUGUUGCGUCUGUCUCCUGGAUCGGCCUGCUCUAUAGCAUCUUCUGCCUCACAAGUCAAGUCCAGAGCCAGGAGCCCGGCUUAUGGAGACCCCAGAACAGCGGAUCGUUGGUCUGGUCACCCACAACCUUGCAUAAGAUACUGGUCUAUCGAGAAAGGGUUGUCCAGUGCCUUGUUCGAUCCCAGUUCGCCAAAGGAGGUCCUGAUAUCAUAGAAACCCUUGUUCACUACCUUUUGAUCGAGAGCUACUUGAACAGUGACUCCAACACUGGGGUCUGGCUCCUGAUGGGCAACAUUGUCCAAAUUGCCGUCCGUAUGGGCUACCAUCGAGACCCACAGCACUUCAAGUCCCUAUCCCCUUAUCAGGGCGAGAUGAGGCGCCGGAUGUGGGCUAUGAUAUACUCACUCGACAUCGGGUUCUCAACGCGGUUGGGCCUUCCGAGUAGCAUCAAGCACUCCCUCAGCGACACCCGACCGCCACGGAACCUUCAGGAUCGCGACUUUGAUGCAAGGUCGACAGAAUUGCCGGCAGACAGACCCAUCGAGGAACUUACCUCAAGCACCGUGCUCAUCGCCAAGCUUCAUGUCGCCACCAGUAUCGGCGCCAUAACAGACUUGGUCUGCAAUCCUCUGCCUUUAUCCUAUGAGGACCUCAUCACGGUGAACUCCGAACUAGACUCGACAUAUGCGACCAUUCCCGAUCCUUGCAAAUUUCGGCCCAUGGCCGAAUCUCUCUUGGACUCUCCAAGUGUGGUAUUUCAGCGGAUCAACUUCUACAUGCAUUACCAAAGAGCCAAAAUUCUCAUCAACUGGAAGUUCCUCGGGACCUCAAAGGAUAACAAUGGCAGCAGUCAAUGUCGGCAUAUCGUGAUUGAGGCAGCCUCGGAGAUCAUGCGCCUGCAGCACCGCAUGGCGGAAGAUUUUGACGUCUUGGAUGCAUCCCGCCCUACUGGUCUGGUCGAUUCGUGCUUCAUCAACAACGGGUACUUUUUAGCCUCCAGUAUCGCGUGUUUCGUCGUACAGCACCGCAAGGACUGGCUGUCGGCCCCGGCCCUGUCGGAAGUGCGAAGUCUGCUGGAAAAGAGUCUAGCCAUUUGGAGUCGCACAAACGAGUUGUCGAAUGAAGCGAACAAAGUACUGGCGGCUCUGCGGAUCGUUCUCGGAAAAGCGAAGGAGCCCACCACACACUCCACAAUGGACGUAGACGGAGGUAAAGAUCCAAAAAUCACCGCAGGAGUCGAAAGGGUCUGA